CCGGCCCGGACAUGGCUACCGUCCGGGCCUCACUGAGACAUGCGUUGUUGCUUCUCCUGGCCGUGGUGGGGGUCGCGGAGGUGGCGGGGGGCCUGGCUCCGGGCAGUGCGGGUGCAUUAUGUUGUAAUCAUUCAAAGGAUAACCAAAUGUGUCGUGAUGUAUGUGAACAGCAUUCAUGGAUUUUACAGUCUCGACUAUUUGCAGAUUUUCUCCUCAAAAAGUGAAUCCCGACUAAAACAUUUGUUACAACGAGCCCCAGACUAUUGCCCAGAAACAAUGGUUGAAAUUUGGAGUUGUAUGAAUUCGUCUUUGCCAGGUGUAUUUAAGAAGUCUGACGGCUGGGUUGGAUUAGGCUGCUGUGAACUAGCUAUUGCCUUGGAGUGUCGUCAGGCAUGCAAGCAGGUAACACCUGGGAAUCAGGCAUCUUCAAAGAAUGAUAUUUCCAAAGUUUGCAGAAAAGAAUAUGAGAAUGCUCUUUUCAGUUGCAUUAGCAGAAAUGAAAUGGGCUCAGUAUGUUGCAGUUAUGCUGGUCAUCACACAAACUGCCGAGAAUACUGUCAAGCCAUUUUUCGAACAGACUCUUCUCCUGGACCAUCUCAGAUCAAAGCAGUGGAAAAUUACUGUGCUUCUAUUAGUCCACAAUUAAUACACUGCGUGAACAACUAUACCCAGUCUUAUCCAAUGAGGAACCCAACAGAUAGUUUAUAUUGCUGUGACAGAGCUGAAGACCAUGCUUGCCAAAAUGCCUGCAAGAGAAUUCUGAUGUCAAAGAAAACAGAAAUGGAGAUUGUUGAUGGUCUCAUCGAGGGUUGUAAGACCCAGCCCUUGCCUCAAGAUCCUCUUUGGCAGUGUUUUCUUGAAAGCUCCCAAUCUGUUCACCCUGGAGUCACUGUACACCCUCCUCCCUCAACAGGCCUUGAUGGAGCUAAAUUGCAUUGUUGUGCUAAAGCAAACACUUCAACAU